AUGCUCGCUCGCAGCACCUUCGGCCGUAUUGCUGCCCAGCCGUCCGCGCUGGGGGCCGCACCCUCCCAGGCCCGCAACAUGGCCACCCUUCGUGAAAUCGAGUUGCGUCUCAAGUCCGUCCGCAACAUUGAGAAGAUUACGAAGUCCAUGAAAAUGAUUGCGUCGACAAAACUCGCCAAGGCGCAGCGCGCCAUGGUUGCGGGGAAGGAGUACGGUCUCGCCAACUCAGAGAUUUUCUCGCAUGCGGCCCCGGAGGAGACCGGCAAGCGCAAGCUGUUCCUCGUCAUCUCCUCCGACAAGGGCCUUUGCGGUGGUAUCCACUCCUCAGUGUCCAAGGCCACCCGCCGCGAGUUCGCUGAGGCGGGCAAGGUUGAGACGGACUCGCCCAUCAUGGUCAUUGGCGACAAGUCGAAGGCCCAGCUCUCCCGUAUGCUGCCCAAGAACCUCGUCAUGAGCUUCAACCAGAUCGGCCGUGACAUCCCUACAUUCGCCGACGCGGCUGGUGUCGCCGACCUCAUCACCACUUCCGGCGUCGAGUACGACACCCUCGCGAUUGUCUACAACAAGUUCGUGUCGGCCAUCUCGUACGAGCCGGCCAUCAUGGAGGUAGAGCCGGAGAAGAUCCUCCAGGAAGCGCCUGGCUUCCGUGCGUACGAGCAAGAGGAUGACGUGACCCGGGAUCUCUCCGAGUUCACCCUCGCCAACGCCAUCUACGCCGCCCUUGUCGAGGCGCACGCUUGCGAGCAGAGUGCACGUCGCAACGCCAUGGACAACGCGUCGAAGAACGCGUCGGACAUGAUCAGCCGUUUGACGAUGCAGUACAACCGUGGUCGCCAAGCUGCUAUCACGAACGAGCUUGUCGACAUUAUCACCGGUGCCAGCGCGCUCUAG